AUGAGACUUCCCGUCGUGGCUGGUCUACCCAGCAGGAAGUUUCUGCUCGGCAGCAUCAUUUUCCUUUUAUGGAUAAAAUUACCCGCCCAACCCGUCGACGCUUCGGCCGCGACGGAAAUCAUGGCAAAAUGGGCCGAUAACUUCGGUGAAGAGCUCUGGGAUCUGGCACAAAGGAUGACGAAGGCGAUGGAAAUUACGGCGAAAUACAAAACCUACAAUGCCCGCGUGGAGCACAAGAACGGUACGGUGUUGAUUCAAUCGAUUGUAGAAAAUGUUGGCCGCAUGUUCAUCCGUAAGAUGGACGCCAUUAAGUGCAUUAUCAACCUCGCUGAGGAACUGUCCGAGCAGUUCGAGUACAAUGAAACACUAGCGGACAACUUCUCCUACUAUUCCAGCAAAUACUCGAAUAUUGAUGGACGUCCAGAGCCAGAACUCCCGGAGACGUUGCAAGAAAAUGCAUGGAUGUAUCGAAACAUGUCGCUCAAUCCGGACACGCACUUCUUCAACAUAUCGGUCAACACGUCGUACAGUUCCGUCCAUGUGCCGCAGAACGUGUACGACCGGUACCCGUGGGUGUUGGAAGCACUGCAAUGGUCCGAAUCGCUGGACGAUGUGUUUCUUCAGAACUACAACUCCGACCCGGCACUGUCCUGGCAGUACUUCGGUUCCUACACCGGGAUGCUUCGGCACUACCCGGCACUCGAAUGGAACCGUGAGCAUGUGGACACGUUCGAUUGCCGCAAACGUUCGUGGUACAUCGAAACGGCAACCUGCUCGAAGGAUAUCGUUAUCCUGCUGGAUAACUCCGGUUCGAUGACGGGCUACCGGAACUAUAUCGCACAGUUGACGGUGAAAAGCAUUCUCGAUACGUUUUCGAACAAUGAUUUUAUAAACAUUUACAAAUACUCGAACGAUGUGGAACCGUUGGUACCUUGCUUUAAGGACAUGCUGGUACAGGCAACUCCGGAAAAUAUGCGUUUCUUCAACGAAUACGUACGAGAGCUUCUACCGGAAGGGUAUGCUAAUGUAAAGAAGGCUUUUGUAGCCGCAUUCGAGCUUUUGCAGAAGUAUCGCGAGAUACGACGGUGUAACGAAUCGGUCAGUGGUUGUAAUCAAGCAAUCAUGCUCAUAACCGACGGUGUCCCCAGCAACAUUACGGAGGUGUUUGAGGCGUACAAUUGGUUUGAGAACGGUACGAAGAUCCCGGUGCGUGUGUUCACCUAUCUGCUGGGUCGUGAGGUUACCAAGGUUCGUGAAAUUCAAUGGAUGGCCUGCCUGAACCGGGGCUACUACUCGCACAUUCAAUCGCUGGACGAAGUCCAAGAGGAGGUGCUGAAGUACGUUACCGUGAUCGCGACCCCGUUGGUACUGCAGGGUGUGGAACAUCCGCCAACAUGGACGCAUGCCUUCACCGACACGGCGGAAAAUUUACUCACCGAAGCGGACGAUGAUGAGCCACCGCGGCUGAUGAUAGCGGUCGGUGCGCCCGCAUUCGACCGGAAAGCUAAUCACUACAAUGAAACACGAACCGCGCGGCUGCUAGGUGUGGCCGGCACGGACAUCCCGGUGGAGGACCUCGACGAGUUGACGCUACCGUACAAACUCGGCGUCAACGGGUACUCGUUCAUCGUCAGCAACAACGGUUAUGUGCUGAUGCAUCCGGAUCUACGGCCCGUCUCGAACGGGAAGCUGAAGGAGAACUACAACAGCAUCGAUCUGACGGAGAUCGAACAGAUCUACGAUGACAACAUCACGCGCCAGGUAGAGGACAUGACCGGGCGUGAGAUGAGUCCGUUCAUACUGGAGUUGCGUCACCAUCUCGUGGAUUCACGGUUUGGUAAAAUGUUGAAGCUCCCGGUACGGUUCCAUUACGAUAAGAUGCGACGAGUUUCGCUCGAGUAUCAGGAUUACUACUACGCACCGCUGGAGAACACCCCAUUCGCGCUGGGGCUGGUGCUGCCACACGAUUACGGCAGCACCUGGAUCAAGGUGGGUGACGAGAUCAAGCGCAACCAGCAUAUGGGAUUGAACAUCUCCGAUUUCUUCAUGGGCGAUAACUGGAAGGUACACCCGGACUGGGUUUACUGCAAGUACCACUAUCUGGAAGGUCACGAAUUUAAAACGCCCGAGGAUGAGUUGCGUCAUUUUCUGAACCGUCUUUACGAACCAACGUGGAAGUGGUCCCAACAGUACGAGCCCGAAGACCCGAAGGAUUCCGAAGGCCCGAACUGUGGCCGUAAAACAUUGGACGAUGAUGCGUAUUACUGCAACAAGGAGCUGGUAGAGCUGCUGAUCUUCGACGCGAAGGUCACGAACAACAGCUACCGUAACUGGGAGUUUGAGAGUGAAAACGAGCGAAAGAUCAUCGAGAUGUAUAACGCGACGUUACGGUUUGUGGCCACGAUGAGCGGACUUACCCGGUGGCAGUUCAUAUUCGGCGAGGUCGAGGUCGACACGGACAGCGAGUUUGGUGACUACCACAAGAAGGCGAUCGACGAAACGUGGUACCGCAGUGCGAUCCUGCAGCACAAGAUCGAUCCGAAGAGCUUCGUGUACUCGGUGCCGCACGAAUCGGACCCGCCGGAAGAUGGGGAGCUGAAGGUGACGGCCACGAUGGCCAUUUUCCCGCGCGACGGUGGCCUGGAAGCGCCCGGCUGUGUGACCGGAUUCCAAUUUACGCACUCACUGAUGUACGAUCGAUUUAUGGAGAUCACCUCCAAAAAGACGUGUGAUGAUUGUAUAGAGACGUGUGCAUCGGAAUCUCGCGACUGCUACGUGAUCGAUCACAAUGGGUACGUGGUGUUGUCGGAAACGUCCAACCAUACUGGCCGCUUCUUUGGCGAAAUCGAGGGUGCCAUCAUGCAGUCGAUGGUUGAUAAGGAAAUCUUUUCCAUGAUCACCGUGUUCGAUCUCCAGGGCCUGUGCGAAUACGAGCGAGUGGUGGAAAACGACGCCAUUGCGUUAAUGCAUCCGAUGCGAGUCCUGAUGCUAGGUCUGAAGUGGUUCAUUGCGGAGAUUGCAAUAAUGCUGUCCCGGUUCGACUUUUGGGUGCACGGAAUCCCCAGUCCCGACUACUUUGGACACGAGUACGAUGACUACGAUGAUACGCGCCCAUCGAAACCAAAAAAGAUACACGUCGACGAGGAGGAGGAAUACUUUAACCGGCCGAAAGAAAUUAAGAAAGAGAUCGUAUACGAACCGUGUGAUAAGAAAUCUAACCUGUACGUGAUGCAACAGGAUAAGUUCAUCAAUGGAGCUGGCUUCUUCUACGAACCACCACCACUACCAAUGGAGGAGCUUCUCUAUCAACCAUACUUUGCGAAACGUAUUCCCCGGUCCAACUUGCUGAUGAUCAUCGUGGAGAACGAAUACAAGGUGGAUAGGGUCGUGCUGUCCGCCCAACCCGAGGUGAUCGCCCAUAACGAAUCGGAAGCGUUACCCUGUGUAAAGACCAAACUUAACUUCCUUCACCGCCGACGUUUAGAGGAAUGUUAUACCGAGCAUCCGGAUGAAGAACUAGUUGCCCAGUGUGGCAGUGGAUCCCGCCUAACAAUUCAACUGACUGUAGUGAUAUCGACUAUUGUGUCACUGUUGUUAUAUCGAUGUGCCCAAAACGCUAAUCCAAUUUUAAUGUAG